AUGAGGAAUGUUGCUCAAAUACUUUACACCCGAACCGAGAUUUCCAGAGCCAAAGAAGCUUGCUCCUUCAAAUGGCAUCCCGAAGAACCUUCUCCGGUCCCCUCUUCAAAUGAGGUACAACUAGAACCUCAUUCUUCAUAUAAGGUGUUUAAAAAAGGUACUUAUUUGGAGACGGAUCCUGGAAAAAGAAGUCAAAUUCUUGAGUAUCAUCCAAAUGAUCAAGAUGAGGUAAGAAGAGCUUACCUUGUGAAUGGGCCAUGUAAAAUUAAAUUAACUGAAUAUAAAUCCACAAAUAUUGGGGGAAGGGAACGUUCUUUUCAAUAUAGUUGGCAUGAAGAGUAUGACUGGUUGGAAUAUAGUGUAGAAAAAGAUGUUGUUUUUUGUUUGCCUUGUUAUGUGUGUUACAAUGGUACUAGUAAUUCUGCAUUUGUGGUGACUGGUUUUAAAGGUUGGAAUCUAAAGCAUAAGUUGGAUAAACAUGUUGGUGAGAAACCAAAUAGUCAUCAUAAAAAGUGUGUGAAAGCAUGUGAGGAUCUUAUGAAGAAAAAGCAGAGUAUUGAGUUUUCGUAUGCAAAAUAUAGCUCAAAAGAAGAAGUAGAUUAUCUUGUUCGUUUAAAAGCAUCACUUGAGGCUGUCAAAUAUCUUGUUAGAGGCGGAUUGGCAUUUAGGGCACAUAAUGAGGGUGAAAAUUCUAUUUAUAAGGGUCAUUUCCUAGAAUUUGUAGAAGCCUUAGGAAGAAAUAGUGAGAAAAUAGCUGCAGCAAUAACAAGUGGUGGGGGAAAUUGUAAGAUGACUUCUCCUAUUAUUCAAAAAGAACUUGCAAAUGCAUGUGCGGUUGAAACUAUUAAGAAGAUAGUUGGAGAAAUUGGAGAUGGAUUCUUUUGUGUUCUUGUUGAUGAAUCUGGUGAUUGCUCUGGUAAAGAACAAAUGGCCGUUAUAGUGCGGUUUGUUGAUGUUAGAGGGUUUGUUGUAGAAAGAUUUAUCGGCAUUGUUCAUGUUGAAGAUACAAGUGCGAUAUCGCUUAAAAGGGCUCUUGAAUGUUUGUUGUCGGGGUUUGGGUUGUGUAUAUCUAAAAUUCGAGGUCAAGGGUAUGAUGGAGCAAGUAAUAUGCGUGGUCAAUUUGGAGGUUUGAAGACUUUGAUUCAAAAGCAAAAUCCGCAAGCCUAUUAUGUUCAUUGUUUUGCUCACCAACUUCAAUUGGCUCUUGUUUCAAUGGCGAGAAAGCAUGAAGAUGUUGAUUGGUUUUUUUGUGAAGUGUCUCGUAUUGUCACUUUCUUACGAUCAUCUAACAAAAGACAAGCUCUACUUCGGAAUAAACAAGUUGCUCAUUUUGCAAAUCUAAUUGAAAAAGAAUUGGUGGAAACUGGUACUGGUUUAAAUCAAGAGUUGUCCAUUGCAAGAGCGGGUGAUACACGUUGGGGAUCUCACUUUCGAACUCUUAAUAGGUUGGUUGAUUUGUUUACUCCUAUUAUUGAAGUGUUCGAAGAUUUGAAAAGUGAUAGUCAUUGUAAGGGUGAACCAAAAAGUUUGUUACUUGUUAUGCAAACUUUUAGUUUUGUGUUUAUGUUGCACUUAAUGGUUGAGAUUUUAUCUUUGACAAAUAAUUUGUCACAAUCAUUGCAAAAGGGGGAUCAAGAUAUUGUGCAUGCCAUGGAACUUGUCCAAAUAUGCAAGAAAAAGUUGCAAGUUGUGGCUUCUUGUGGAAAUGUUGAAAUUGAUGUGCCUGACAUGGAGUCCCGGUAUGUAAAAGAUAAGAAAUCCAAACGACUUGCUCCUUUUGUUACAAAUUUUCAUUAUUUCAAGAAUGAUUGCUUCUUACAUGUUAUAGAUGUGGUAUUGAAAGAGUUGAAUGAUCGGUUUACACCUGAAAAUAUUGAGUUGAUCAAUUGUGUUGCUUGCUUGAGUCCUUGUUAUUCAUUUGAAUCAUUUAAUGUUAAAUCACUUGUGAGAUUGGCCAGAUUGUACCCAAAUGACUUUGAUGAUCUUACUGAUAAGGAAUUGUCUAGUGAAUUGGAGACUUAUAUUGAGAGUGUCAAGAUGGACGAUCACUUUUCCAAUUUGACUGGCAUCUCGGAACUUUGUAGGACUCUUGUUCGAACAAAGAAGCAUAAGACAUUUAGGUUUGUGUACACACUUGUCAAACUAGCUUUGUCUUUACCUGUGGCCACUGCAAGUGUUGAGCGAGUAUUCUCGGGGAUGAAAUAUGUUAAGAAUGAGUUGAGAAGUAGAAUGGCUAAUCCAUGGCUAAAUGAUUGCUUAGUGACAUUUGUGGAGAAAGAGGUGUUUAAUACAAUCGAUGAUAUGGAUAUCAUCAAACGUUUCCAAGGAAUGAACAAGAGAAGAAUGCAUUUACGAUUAGACUAG